AUGCAGUGGCAAGUACCUGCUUUCACGGGCUGCCAAUUUGGUUACCCUCUUGAUACGGCUGAAUCAGUAAUUCCACGCAGACCUGUUCUCGUUCAAGUAAUUUUCAUUGCAUGUACAUCUCUCAGCAUUGCCCUUGUAUGUGGCAUUUUGGUCUUCUAUCUAAUACAUCUACUGGUGAAGUCAGAGGAAAGCCAGCAGCUUGCGAUGCUCUAUGAGAAUGUGGAGAUACCAUUCUUGGGCGAUGAGAAGGAGGGCUCUGAGGACGAUGGUCUGGAGGAGUCUGCUCACCUGCUUCCUGAGAAUGAAAAGGAGCUGGGAAAGUUCAUUGGUUCAGUUAUUAGAGCAAAAAGGAGAGAAAAUAGCAUAAAGAAGAAAUUGAGAGAACAGCAAGCUUUACCGACGCAAAGUAUAAAGAAUGACAUUUACAGUGGAACAAUGGAAAGUUUGUGAGGGAGAUGCGGGAUGUGCCAGCAGAGGCGGAGGGAACAAUUGUAGUGAUAACAGAGGAUGGAGAACAUGAGCAAGACUGGCUCCCAGAGAAGCACUGUACAGAAAGAAGCGUCGGAAGGAUGUGACAGAAAAUAAAUAUA